GUGAAGAGGGUGCUGCUGGGAAGGAGGAGGGAGGAGGCUGGGAGGUGGAGGAAGACCUGGACCUGCCUCCUGAACUCGAACUGGCUGGUGGCUCAGGGGGCGGAGUUGAGGACGGCUUCUUUGUCCCGCCCACCAAAGGCGUGAGCCCCAAUCAGGUGUGGUGCAACAACUCCCAGCUUCCUGUGGAUCACAUCCUGGCUGGAUCCUUUGAAACCGCCAUGAGGCUCCUACACGACCAGGUCGGUGUUGUGAAUUUCAGACCCUACAAGCAUCUGUUCCUGCAGACCUUCACGCGUGGACAUCCGUGCUACCUGGGGCUGCCCAGCCUGCCCUCGCUGCGAGGGAACCCCCAACGCAACUGGAAGGAGGCGUCUCCCAAGUCCUCUCUGCCGGCUGUGGGGCUGAAGCUCUCCGAUCUGAUUGGCCGGCUACAGCAGUGCUACCAGCUCACCACGGGGGGCAAGUUUGAGGAGGCAGUGGAGAAGUUCCGAGCUAUCCUGCUGAGCGUGCCUCUCCUGGUGGUGGAGAACAAGCAGGAGAUCGCUGAGGCUCAGCAGUUGAUAACGAUCUGUCGCGAGUACAUCGUGGGCUUGACGAUGGAGGUCGAGAGAAAGAAGCUCCCGAAAGAAACGCUGGAGCAGCAGAAACGUCUGUGUGAGAUGGCCGCGUACUUCACCCAUUGUAACCUGCAGCCCGUCCACAUGAUCCUGGUCCUGAGAACAGCCCUGAACCUCUUCUUCAAACUCAAGAACUUCAAGACCGCUGCCGUAUUCGCCAGGAGGCUCCUGGAGUUGGGCGCCAAACCCGAAGUCGCGCAGCAGACCCGUAAGAUCCUGGCCGCUUGUGAGAAGUCUCAGCUGGACGCUCACCAGCUCAACUACAACGGUCACAACCCCUUUGAUAUCUGCGCCGCCUCGUACACCCCGCUGUACCGGGGCAAGGCUGUGGAGAGGUGCCCCCUGUCUGGAGCCUGCUACUCUCCGGAGUUCAAGGGACAGGUGUGCCGAGUCACCCAGGCCACAGAGAUUGGGAAGGAUGCACUCGGCUUGCGCAUCAGUCCUCUCCAGUUCCGUUAAGCCUGCACCGCACGGAGCCCUCUGAUUGGUCGAUUAUACAAACCUUUGUGAUCUGUACCAAGAAUAGCGGUCAUGUGACCUUUACCUGCUUCGGCUAUUGGCUUCUAUGUUAACCAAUCCUAAUGUGUGCUUUGUCACUGAAAUAUCCAACAUAUAUUAAAAAACGUGUUACUAAUAAAAAUAUUUAGAAUCUGA